CCAGGAGAAAGGAGGGGGGCGGUGCAUUUUGCAGGAGGAGGAGAAGGGGGGUGGGUGGUGGGGGAGAGAGAAAAUUGCGCGGAGACCUGCCAAGCGCCACCGCCGCCGCCACCGCCGCUGCCGCCGCCGCCGCCGCCGCCGCCGCCGCCGCCGCCUGUGAGCUCCGGCGGGCAGCCGGACUGUCGGCUUCCCGGGGCAUCUGGGUCCGGCGGGGCACAGCCCUGGGCGCUGCCGAAGCCGCCGCCGCGGCGAGUGCAGGCGGCUUCCCCCAGAGCCUGUGCUGCUCCAGCUCCUCGGGGGUGGAGAAGUGGGGGGUGGGGUUGUUGUUUGGGGGGAAGAAGGGGGAGGGGGCAACGCCGAGAGAGUCAGUGGUUUCCAUGGUGAUGGAGCUGAAAGUGCAGGAAAUUUAAAGGCUUGGACCCUGCGAGACAGACAAACCGGUGCCAACGUGCGCGGACGCCGCCGCCGCCGCCGCCGCUGGAGUCCGCCGGGCAGAGCCGGCCGCGGAGCCCCGAGCAGGCGGAGGGAAGUGCCCCUAGGACCCGCUGGGCCAGCGGCGCUGCACAGAGCGGCAGGACGACGAGCAGCAAGAGGAGGAGGAGGGGAGAGCGGCUCGUCCACGCGCCCUGCACCGCCGCCGGCCCGGGAAGGCAGCGAGGAACCGGCGCCCCCCGCGCCCGCCGUCGCCCUGGAGUAAUUUCGGAUGCCCCGCCGCGGCCGCCUGCCCGAAUAGACCCGGGAGAGGAGUUGCGACCAACUUGUGUGCCUUCUUUCCGCCCCGGUGGGAGCCGGCGCUGCGCGAAGGGCUCUCCCGGCGACUCAUGCUGCCGGCCCUGCGCCUGCCCAGCCUCGGGUGAGCCGCCUCCGGAGAGACGGGGGAGCGCUGCGGCGCCGCGGGUUCGGCGUGCUCUCCUCCGGGGACGCGGGACGAAGCAGCAGCCCCGGGCGCGCGCCGGAGGCAUGGAGCGCUGCCCCAGCCUGGGGGUCACCCUCUACGCCCUGGUGGUGGUCCUGGGGCUGCGGGCGGCACCGGCCGGCGGCCAGCACUAUCUCCACAUCCGCCCGGCUCCCAGCGACAACCUGCCCCUGGUGGACCUCAUCGAACACCCGGACCCUAUCUUUGACCCCAAAGAGAAGGAUCUGAACGAGACGCUGUUGCGCUCGCUGCUCGGGGGCCACUACGACCCGGGCUUCAUGGCCACCUCGCCCCCCGAGGACCGGCCCGGUGGGGGCGGGGGGGCGGCCGCGGGCGCCGAGGACCUGGCGGAGCUGGACCAGCUGCUGCGGCAGCGGCCGUCGGGGGCCAUGCCGAGCGAGAUCAAAGGGCUGGAGUUCUCUGAGGGCUUGGCCCCGGGCAAGAAGCAGCGCCUGAGCAAGAAGCUGCGGAGGAAGUUACAGAUGUGGCUGUGGUCGCAGACCUUCUGCCCGGUGUUGUACGCGUGGAACGACCUGGGCAGCCGCUUUUGGCCGCGCUACGUGAAGGUGGGCAGCUGCUUCAGUAAGCGCUCGUGCUCCGUGCCCGAGGGCAUGGUGUGCAAGCCGUCCAAGUCUGUGCACCUCACUGUGCUGCGGUGGCGCUGUCAGCGGCGCGGGGGCCAGCGCUGCGGCUGGAUUCCCAUCCAGUACCCCAUCAUUUCCGAGUGCAAGUGCUCAUGCUAGAACUCGGGGUUCCCUUCCAGCACCCGGACAAUUGAUGGAACCCCACUGACGCCCUCCCCCCGCCCCCCGCACCGUCUCCAACCAGUUCCACCACCCUCUCGCGAGGGGAUUCAAUGAACUUUUUUUCCUUUCUGGCUACAGAGACCUAGCUUUCUGGUUCAUGUAAUGCACUGUUUAACUGUGUAGGAAUGUAUAUGUGUGUGUAUAUACGGUCCCAGUUUUAAUUUACUUAUUAAAAGGUCAGUAUUAUACGUUAAAAGUUACCGGCUUCUACUGUAUUUUUAAAAAAAAAAUAAGCAAAAGGAAAAAAAAAGAACAGAGCAAAGAGAGACUUAUUCUGGUUGUCGCUAAUAAUGUUAACCUGCUAUUUAUAUUCCAGUGCCCUUCGCAUGGCGAAGCAGGGGGGAAAAGUUAUUUUUUCUUAAAGUACAAAGAGAGGGGAGAACUUUUGUAGAAGGACUUUUAAAAAGCUAUUUUCCAUUCUUCGGAAAGUGUUUUGGUUUUCCUUGGACCUCGAAGAAGCUAUAGAGUUCAAUGUUAUUUUACAGUUAUUGUAAAUAUAGAGAACAAAUGGAAUGACUAAUCAUUGUAAAUUAAGAGUAUCUGCUAUUUAUUCUUUAUAAUAUCCCGUGUAGUAAAUGAGAAAGAAGUGCAGAGCAGGAUUAAAGAAAACCACUAAAAUCGACUG